GGCCUCUCGGGCAUCGCUUCAUCCCCGGAAGCUGGAGGGGCCUGGGGAAAGUCGCGUUCAGCUCGGAGCGGGCCCGCCCUUAACGCGUAGAGGGGGCGGGGCUCGUCGCCAGGCAUGUAGGGAAUUGUAGUCUCUCCUGUGCUCCAGAGUGGCCGCUCGCGGAGCUGCAGGAAUACAAGUUCCAGGAUGCGCCGGGCGCGGGGGCCGUGCCCUCUCCUCUCGGGGCGGUUUGCAGAGCUCGCUGGCUGCUCGGUCCCGCGGCUGGUGCUUCCCCGGGAGGGACGUGGGCGCGACGCGGAGCCCCCCGCGCGGUUCUUGCUGCUGCCUGGUGGGAGCCGGUGGCCGGGCCAGAGCCUUGCAGGGGAGCCAGCUUGUCUCCGAGAGAGGUUCGCCCUGCGCGGUCCCCGGGCGCGGGCUGGGCGGCCCUGCUCCAGGCACCGCUCGGGAGCCUCCCGGGGUGACGCCGCCGGUCGCUCCGUGCGAGUUCCUCCUCGUGGGGCCUCGGCGUCCGCGGGGGCAUCGGUGAGGCUGAUCCUCCGGCGUCCCGCAGGACUGGACGGGGACCAGCGCCGGGCCAGGGCCCCUCCUCACCGGCCCACGUCUCGUUUCUGAUUCCUGAGUGUGGGAUACUAUCGAAAGAACUGAAGAACCUCGUCAUGGAAACUGGACCCUAUUACUUCGUGAAGAACUUACCUCUUCAUGAGUUGAUUACACAGGAAUUCAUCAACACCUUUGUGAAGAAAGGUUCGUGCUAUGCACUAACACACAACACAAAUAUCGAUGAAGAUAAUACUGUUGCCCUGCUGCCAAACGGGAAAUUAAUUUUAUCACUGGAUAAAGACACUUAUGAAGAAACUGGCCUUCAAGGUCGUCCAUCUCAAUAUUCUGGCAGAAAAGUCAUGAAAUUUAUUGUUUCCAUUGAUUUGAUGGAUUUAUCCUUUAACCCAAAUUCUAAGAAGUACGAAAGAAUAUCUUGGUCCUUCAAGGAAAAGAAGCCCUUGAAAUUUGAUUUUCUUUUGGCUUGGCAUCAUACAGGUGCAGAAGAAUCAACUAUGAUGUCAUACUUUUCCAAUUACCGGAUUCAGGAGCUUCAACCAAAAAUAGCCCUGAGCACAGUGACAGAGCUGCAGUGCCCGGUGCUGCGGAGCGGGGCGCUCCGGGGAGAGCCAGAGGCGGCCUGCAGCGCCCCCGAGCUUCUGGACUGGCUGGGCGCCGUCUUCAGUCGCGCAGAUCUCACCAACGAGCCUAAUAGCUUCGUAUCGACCUACUGCUGUCCUCAGCCAAGCACAGUGGUGGCAAGAGCUUAUUUGUGUACGAUCACUGGUUUCAUACUUCCGGAGAAGAUCUGCCUCCUCUUGGAACAGCUGUGUCACUACUUUGAUGAACCAAAGUUGGCUCCUUGGGUUACGUUGUCAGUACAAGGCUUUGCAGACAGUCCUGUUUCGUGGAGAGAAAAUGAACAUGGUUUUCGAAAAGGAGGAGAGCAUUUAUACAACUUUGUGAUUUUUAAUAAUCAGGACUAUUGGCUUCAGAUGGCUGUUGGGGCAAAUGAUGACUGUCCACCAUAAAAAAUAUAAAACUUAAAAUCA